UAUUUUCAUUUUGCAUUUUUAUGAAUUUUGAAGUAACAAUAGCAUCAAAUGUUUUAAUUUUAUUAAAUAAGAAUAAAGAAUAACUUUACGUUUAACAACUAAAAUGAUAGAUAUCGAGAAAACUUGUCGGACUUGUAUGAAAAGCAAUGUGUCUAUGGUGGAUUUAUUUGGUCCUAUUAAAAUUGAGAAUAAUAGUUUCAUACUAGCAGAUGCGUUGAUGGAAGCUACUCCUUUACAGAUUACCAAAGAAGACGGUCUCCCUCAAAACCUUUGUGAUGAAUGCGUAAAAGCCUUACAAAUAAUGUAUAUAUUUAGAACCCAAGCUCUUCAUUCCGAGAAUGAGUUAAAAAAACUUAUUCUUUCAAGUGCUGGCAUAAAAAAUGAAGAGGCUGAUUAUGAUUUAAAAAACGAAUUUGAUUAUACAUGUGAUUAUGAUGAUUUUACAAUUAAUGAUGUACUGUCGAACCAAGAAACUAAAUCCACUUACAGUUGCGACACAUGUAAAAAAAAGUAUACAAACUAUGAAAAAUACUUAAAACAUAAAUCAGUUCACAUCGAACCGACUAAAUCAUGUCCAAAUUGUAACAAAAAGUUUUACAGGAAGUCUUUAUUAAGGGAACAUAUGAAUAAGAGAUGUGAGCCUAAAGAUAGUGUUACCAUUGAAUGUCAAGGUGCUAAUGAAGUUGAAGAAUUAGACAUAAAAGUUAAAUUGGAAGACGAAGAACACAAAUGUCCAGAAUGUUCUAUAUCAUUUCAAUCACAAAAGUAUUUACAUUUACAUUUAAAAGAGCACAAGAAAACUGAUUUGGUGGAACAGAAAUUCAUAGACUCCAUGCAAGAACACAAUGGAACUACAGAGAAUCUAGAGACAGAUAUAAAAAUAGAAAGUUCCAAUGAUCAGUUUAAAUGUUCACAAUGCAAUCUCGUAUUCGAAAAGUACAGGUCUCUUAUAUCCCAUUCGAAAAAACACAAGAAUCUGUCGAAGAAUGGCAUUUUUAAAUGCAACUACUGUGGUAGAGGUUUUUCUUCUAAAGGACCUCUUAAGAGGCACUUGUUACUUCACUCGCAAGAAAGACCAUUCAAAUGCACUAAAUGUCCAAAGAGCUAUGUUCGUAGGGAUGCUCUUGUAGCCCACAUGCGUAAACAUAGUGAUGUUAAGAGAUAUACUUGUGAACACUGUAAUAAAGCAUUUAUCCAGUUAUGCACUUUAAAGGACCACAUCAGAACUCAUACGGGGGAGACUCCGUUCCUUUGCUCCGAGUGUGGAAGGGGCUUUAAAAACAGUUCCAAUCUGAGACAGCACUUAGCACGUCAUUCGGGCCUCAAACCAUUUGCAUGUAAUUUGUGUCCUAAGACAUUUUGUACCAAAGGGCAAAUGAAAUGUCACAUAGUCUCACACACAGGUGUUCAACCGUACAAAUGUAAUGAGUGUGGGGCGUCAUUUACAAAGGCUAACUCUUUGAAAAAACAUAAAUUAAUACAUCUCGGAUUAAAACCAUUUGCUUGUGAUAAUUGCAAUAUGAGGUUCACGGCGAAGGACCACCUGACGCGGCACGUGCGCACGCACACGGGCGAGAAGCCGUACCGCUGCCCGCACUGCGCGCGCGCCUUCACGCAGAGCAACGACCUCGCCAAGCACGUGCGCGCGCACGUCGGACAGAACAUAUACCAGUGCACAGUUUGUCAAGCAAGAUUCAGGCUAAUGAGAGAAUUGAGACUUCACUAUCCAGUUCACUACACCGGCACCGAAUCCACUGCCCUUACAGAUAAGGAGGAGCCCCUAGUCAUACUAAAAGGAUGUACCGACUCCAGCAUCGAUGAUAAUAUCGAUAAAACGGCGACAGACGCACAAAUAACUAUAACGUUUAAUAGAAAUAUUCUCGACAAAGAUAGUACUGGUGAUAUUACUAUAAACAUAGGGCCAGAGAAGAUUAAUUAGUUGGGUUCUAUUAUGACAUUGAAAUGAAACUCAGAAUGCUUGCUUUUGGGAAAGUAUACCAAAGGAUCUAAAAAAUAAUCUGUAUCCUAUUCCAAUCGAUUUUGACGAGCCGGUUGGCGUGGUUGGUAGAACACUUGCGUUUCACGCCGAAGGUUGUGGGUUCGAUUCCCACCCAGGACAGAUCUGUGUGCAUGAACAUGUCUGUUUGUCCUGAGUCUGAGUGUAAUUAUCUAUAUAAGUAUGUAUCUACAAAAGAAAAGUAGUAUAUGUAGUAUAUCAGUUGUCUGGUUUCCAUAGCACAAGCUUUGUACAAGCUUAAUUUGGGAUCAGAUGGCCGUGUGUGAAAAAAUGUCGCUCGAUAUUAUUAUCAUUAUCGAUGAAUUUUACUUCCAAAAGCCCGAUUAACUUCCAGUAACAGCCUGUGAAGCUCCCACUGCUGGGCUAAGGCCUUUUCUCCCUUUUUGAGGAGAAGGUUUCGGAGCUUACUCCACCACGCUGCUCCAAUGCGGGUUGGUGGAAUACACAUGUGGUUGAAUUUCAGUGAAAUUAGACACGUGUAGGUAUCCUCAUGAUGUUUUUUUUUACCGUCAAGCACGAGAUGAAUUACAAUCACAAAUUAAGCACAUGAAAAAUCAGUGGUGCUUGCCCGGGUUUGAACCAUCUGGGCUUUUUUUAACAUAUACAAUUUUUUCACAAAUCCAUUGAAUGGAAUGGAAGGAUAGAACAAAAAGCCAUUAAGCUAAGAAUUGAAUUAAAUUUUAUAUAUUAUUUAAGAUCUCGCCCAAUUGUGUCUCGAUUCAGUAUCAAAUUUGUUUAUUUGUCUUUACUCCUAAUGUUGGAAUAUUACAUAUUAGAAUAGUAUAACUAGAAACUGAAGAUUCAACUGUUACUUAUUACCUUUAGAUUUUAAAAAGCUUAUCAAAUUCAAUCUGUCUGGUGAUUGGUCGGUGUCAGCCGCUGACGUAAUAGGCGACCAAUGAGCAUUCAGUAUUUAGGCAGUAUCCGACUUUGGCCAGCGAAUCAAAAACUGAAAAAUUAAAAUUAGACGGUUAAAGUUCGAAUUUCAAAAAUGCAAUAUUUGAAACUGGCUCUCUCUUAAACUCGAAUGGUUAGGACACGUUGAGACGUCUUAUAACAGAUGUUAACAGUUAAAAAGGGUAAUGGAAAAUUUUCUAUUAAGGCCAGAAUCUUCGAAUCGAAAGUGAAAAAUCGUUGGUAGUCUUAGUAGUUUUGUUGACAACGCAAAACAUUAAUUUGUUAAAAAUAAACUGCUUGACCAAACGAAAUAAAAGCGUUUUCUGGGCGCGCGAGCAAUAUUGUUGUCGCAAAGAUUCUCUUAAUUUCUAAACGAAAGGUUUUUUUGGGGGCUUGACAACAGACAUUAGUAAAUUCGACACAUAGACUCCUUAAUAAAAGUUAUUGACAUGUAAAAGCGUUCCAUUUAUAUAAUGAAAGUAUACGUUAAAAGGAUUACUAUCACUAUAAAAACAAACAAAAACCAUUUUUUUAAAUAAAAUAGAAACAUUAACCAUUUCUUACAUUGUCUAUUCGCAAUCAAAAUUGGGAACUAAGAUGUUAUGUCCCAUGUGCCUGUAAUUAGACUGGCUCACUCACCCUUCAAACCGUAACACAAUAAUAGUACGCAUUGCUGUUUGGCAGUAGAAUAUCUAAUGAGUGAUAAGGGUGGUGACAUAUGGUGAUGUCCAAACAUAAUGGCCGUUUUCUAUGAACAAAAUAAACACUAGCUAUGUUUUUGUCUAGGCCCAAAGGUGAUAUAAGCGCAACGCCCUCUUUUGUGUCGCUUGGUCGUCUAUAUAUGAUAGUAUUAUUAUUAAAGUUUUAGAAAAAUCAUUGCUUAAAAAAUAUAUAUUAAUCGAAACAGGAUCUCGAUAUAAAUAUGCAUUCCGUGCAUAUUAUUAUGCAAGCUAUGGACCAAAUAUUGUAAAAUUUUUACAUAUCCUAUUUUCUUAUAUUAUUCUUAAAUUUGUUUGAAAGUGUAAGGUAAAAAAUAUAUCUUUUAUUUAAUUAAUAAUAGUUAACAUUUAUAUAUAAUUUGCAUUAAAAUACUAAUAUAAAUAAUUUUUAAACGGUAGUUUUGUAUUGUACGUAGUUUUGAAUACAGCGGCAAACAAAUUAGAAUUAGAGGAGUUUAUUUUAAAAUAUGAAUUUGAUAAUGGUAUUUCAUAAACGACUUAUGCCUUACUUUAUAUAUUAUACACGUUAUGCGAAAACAGUUCGUGUUAGAAAGUAGUUGUAGAAAUAAAACGAGUCUAAUGUGAAACAUUUUAGCAAAAAUAUUACACUAUUUUAUCCAAUUCUGUAAAACAAACGUGAACGUUUGUUCAUUUGCACGCGUUUUAUUUGGUUAUAUAGGAAAUUAUUUUUAAUCUAUAUCCCCAUUGUCAGUUCUAAACGCGUCCUGUCAUGUUUGUUUUCAUGAGAAAUGUUUCAUAUAGUAUCCGCCAGGGGCGCUGCGUAUUUCUCCAUAUUUAAUUCAUGCCCAGGAAAAGUUCCUCUUAUAAUAUUCUUAAAAUAGUAUAUAACAGCGUAAUAUAUAGUCGAUAUAUCGACAGUGAUAACCUGCCUUAUAUUUAAGCUCUCUAGUAAAUAAUUAGUAUAUAACGCAUCUUAUCUAUGUCUAUAAUUUUUUUAUAACUUGCAUUCGUAUUUAUUAACAUUACUGUUAAGAGUUAAGACAUAAGUUAACGAUAUAUAGUUAUUUAUAUAGAUGUCGGACCAAAGGUCGAUUUCAGUGCUUCACUAUACCGAUGUGUAAAAAAAAUUUAAACCAAUCAGCGAUUUAAAGCGCUGAAAUAAUUUGUUUGAAUUUAAAUAAAGUGUGUGUAAAUUAUCAAUUUUUUAUGUUUCGGUUUUGCAAGCGCGGUUUUUUGUAUUAUUUAGAAACAGACGGUUGGUGCUUUAUUAGAUACAUAUUUUUAUACAUAUUAUGCCAUAAUGUUGCUACGUUAUUGUAUAAGCUGUUUAUCAUUUUUUAUUGGAUAUAAUAUUAAUUUCUUUAAAA